CAAUAUGGAGGAACUGGCGGUGGAGGUCCGCGGCUCCAACGGGGCUUAUUACAAGGGCCUUGUCAAAGACAUCCACGAUGACUCUCUCACCAUUGCCUUUGAGAACAACUGGCAGCCAGAACGGCAGGUGCCCUUCAAUGAUGUCAGGUUUCCCCCAGCCGCCGACGCCAAGAAGGAGAUCGGGGAGAUCAGGGAGGGCGAGGAGGUGGAGAUCUUCUCCAGAGCCAAUGAACAGGAGCCCAGUGGUUGGUGGCUGGCUAAAGUUUGCAUGAUGAAGGGAGACUUCUAUGUGAUUGAGUACGCAGCGUUUGAUUCCACCUACAACGAGAUCGUGACCUUUGAGCGCGUGCGUCCAGUCAACCCCAACAAGGCCAUCACCAAGAACUCCUUCUACAAGUGCUCUGUCCCUGUUCCUCAGGACCUUCAAGAAGCGUGCCAGAGUGAGAACGCCCAUAAGGAAUUCAAGAAGGCCGUGGGAGCUCUGACUGUGUCUUACUGCCCAGAGACCAGCCAACUUGUGAUUGUGUCCACCAAUGAGACGACAGUGAAGCGUGUGUCUCUGCUGAGUGACAUGCACCUGCGCAGUCUCAGGACCAAGCUGCUUCUGAUGUCACGCAACCAGGAAGCGACAAAACACCUGGAGAGCUCCAGGCAGCUGGUGUCGUCCUUCCAGGAGGAGUUCAUUGUGAGGAUGGAUCUGAUGGGUCUGGCCAUCGGCACCCACGGCAGCAACAUCCAGCAAGCUCGCAAAGUUCCAGGUGUCACUGCCAUCGAGCUGGAUGAGGAGACCGGCACUUUCAGGAUUUACGGCGAGAAUGCAGAGGCAGUGAAGAAGGCCAGGGGCUUCCUGGAGUUUCUGGAGGAUUCUGUCCAGGUGCCAAGGAACUUCGUUGGCAAAGUGAUCGGUAAGAAUGGAAAAGUCAUCCAGGAGAUUGUGGACAAGGCCGGUGUGGUGAGGGUGAGGAUCGAAGGAGACAAGGACAACAAGGACAACAAGGACAACAAGGACAACAAGCAGCCCAAACAGGACGGAAUGGUCCCCUUCACCUUCGUUGGUACCAAGGAGAGUAUCGGCAAUGUUCAGGUGUUGCUGGAGUAUCACAUCUCAUACCUCAAUGAGGUGGAGGAGCUUCGUCUGGAGAGGAUGCAGAUUGACGAGCAGUUGCGUCAGAUCACCCAGAGUCAGAGGGCGGAGAGAGGAGAGAGGGGCGAGAGAGGAGAAAGGGGCGAGAGAGGAGAGAGGGGGGACAGAGGAGAGAGGGGGGACAGAGGAGGAGCGUACAAUGCAGAUGGCAGCGCCUCCUCGUCCACCGUACACGCCGGCCGCUCCUACAACAGUCGUGGUCGUGGACGCAGAGGCAACGGCUACAGCACUGGAUAUGGUACCAACUCAGAGCAGUCCAACGCCUCUGAGACCGACUCCGAGCGCAAGGAGGAGCUCAGUGAUUGGUCCCUGGCUGGGGAGGACCAGGACAGGGACAGGGAGAGAGGCCAGCGGCCACAGAGAGAUAGUCGUCGGAGGCCAGGACCCGGCAGAGGCCGUGGAGGAAGAGGAAGAGGAGGAGGAGGAAGAGGAUACGGCAACAGUUAUGCCGGGCCCCAGGGCCAGGAGGAUAACCAUGCCUACGGAGUCCUGGAGACCAACACGGAGACCGACCACACAGCCGAUACGGAUGCUAGCGAGUCCAACUUGCCUACAACCCGCCGCAGAAGGUCUCGGCGACGCAGAACUGACGAGGAGGCCACAAUGAUGGACGGCAUGAGCGAGUCGGACAACGCCUCGAUGAGCGAAAAUGGAAUAGAUGACCCGGAAGCUAAAUCUCAGCGUCGUAACCGUAGUCGACGUCGCCGCCCCCGCCUGCCUGAGGAGAGGCAGCCAGUGACUGUGGCGGACUACAUAUCCAGGGCUGAAUCUCAGAGCAGACAGUUGAGCUCCGACACCAAGAAGAAAAAUAAGGAUGUGGCUCAGGUGGACGCCAUCGCUGAGCACAGCCCGCCGUCUCCCCCGGCAACCACCAAUGGCUCCAACAACAGCGACGCCGCUGCGGCCGGCGAGGGCAGCAUCAAAGCGCCCAGGUCUCCCAGCGAGAGGCCGGCCAAAGUGUCCUACGAGGACCCGAGCCCACAGCCCGCCGUCAACGGACUCUCCUAGUCAGACCGCAUCAAAGGAAAUGGUUUCAAAUAUUUGAACACGUUUGGCUGCACUGAAUUUAAUCUCACUGUCUCUAGAGCAGCCGUCGUCUAAAUACAAAAAGCACUGUUCUUUUUUCCCUUUUACGUUACGAAUAUUUGAAACCUGUUUCACUGUGCAAGUUUUAGAGGUUUAACCCUAAAAAAAAAAACCAUUUUACAUGUGUUCUGUUCCAACUAUCCACUUUACUACAUUUUUUUUUUACAAUAGUUCUUCCUGUAUGAGCUUGCCAAAGAUAGUCAAACACACUCAGACGUACAUACAUCUCUAUUCUACUGUUCCUCUCAGUCCCCUCUUCAUUGAGAGCUCAGGGGGAGGUCGGACUGAAUGCAGUAUUUGUAAAAAAAAAAAAAAAAGACGCAGACAGGGAUUCGGUUCGAACCCGUGACUGUGGUAUGACUUCAGCAGUUGUGUUUUUAUCGGUAUAAAUAACAUCAUAGCAGGGUUUUAGAAUAAGAAAAUCAUGCCUUUUAACAGGCAGACGCAGAAAGAUGCUUCCACACCCGUUUUCAGGAUGUUUUAUGAAAUCUGAAGUCGUUUGGAACUUCAGCGUUCUGCAUGAGCAGCGGCUCAGUGCAGGCAGGUGUGUCGGAACCCCCCCCCCAAGUAUGUAAAACAUACACGUGAUCAGCUGUUGUGCCUUGAGAGUAGAUUCAACAUGUCGUUGCCUGGCUCUGCGCACCAUCUGAGAUCCUGCUCACUCGUAUCCGUGUCACUCGGUCGCCUCCACCUGUCCCAGUGGAACCGGAGCAGCCGACACCGAGACCCUGGUAGGAUUUCAGAGGCAUAUCUUUUUUAAUUCAGGUGUGUCUAUUCUUAAUGUUUGUGGGGCAAAUGAGUCCAGUUAUCCGAGUUUGACGUUAGCUGCUUUGUUUUUCAAUAUGCAACCACUUUGGUCAUAGAAGACAAAUGUUAUUACAGAGUGUCUGGAGAGGAAACAAACAAUGGAGGAGUUGUUUUCUUUGCACUGAAACUUAACCUUUUUCUUUGUUUAAAAAAAAAAGAGUUGAUUGUAGUCGAGUCUGGAAAGUGACCUGUUACUGUUUGGUGCUGGACAGAGAUGGAGUGCUGGGUUUCCUGGAAACAUCUCGUCGUUUAACAUCUGCGUUUUCAUCAAUUAGGACAUGAUGCUGUUUCCUUCCAGAAAUCUACUGGAAUUAACAGAUUCAAAUCACGUUGUUUGUCUUUUGGGAUUCCCCCCUCUCCGGUUCCCACUGAAACAGAAACCCUGUCGCAGCAGCAGGAACCAGACGAGCCGGGUGUUCGAGAUGUUUCUGGAAAACCGAGCAAGUGUCAUUUUCACGAUUCUUCCACAGACCAACUGGUUGGAAACUGGUCAUGACUGUUCCAUUUAGGAAGGAGAUUUAUUUGGUUUAUUUAUUUAAAAAGUGUACAGUAUUUAAAAAAAACAAAAGGAAAAAAAAAACAAGAGAAGCUCUUCAUUUUCUUGACACUAAACAACAUGUUGCCGAGGGGUUUAUUUUGGAGACAUAAGACAAUUUGGACUACUGAGGGUUGUGACAUCCAGUAUGUUUUUUUUAAGGAUCAUUCUGGUUGGUUGAUGUGCAAUAUGUUUUGUAUGCAGGUAGUUCUUAAAUAAACUUGAUCUUCUGUAUAGAUCUAAA